AUGAUGACAAUCUCAAAUGCUAAUCCAAUAGAAUUCAAAAAAUUGCAAAAGCAAUACCUAAUAGUUUACCUGUUGGUAAUGGGUGCCGAUUGGCUUCAGGGCCCUUAUCUCUACAAGUUGUAUCGAUCAUACGGUCUUGACCUAUCUCAAAUUGCAUGUCUAUUCUUGACUGGAUUCUUUAGUGGUGCUAUUGCAGGGACAGCCAUGGGAAGUGCUGCUGAUACAAUUGGAAGACGAAAAAUGUGUCUUGGAUUUUGUACAAUGUCAAUUUGUGGAUUAUUUCUACGACAGAUUGAUUCCUACAGUGUAUUGUUUCUAUCGCAUAUAUUGUCUGGUCUCUGCACAGCAUUAUUAUAUAGUGUAUUCGAAGCAUGGUAUGUAUCUGAACACACAUCGCGUGGGUUCCCAAACGAGUGGCGUGCACGCACUUUUGCAACAGGCACUUUCUUGAAUGGUCUUGUUGCUAUCUUGGCUGGUGUGUCCGCCAAUGGAUUGGUGUCGUGGUGGGGAUAUGGUGCACCAUAUUAUGGCGCAAUUGUCUUACUUGCUACUGCAGCCGUCGUUAUCCAAUCAAUUUGGACAGAGAAUUACGGUGAAGGAGAUGGAAAGACGGAUACACAGUUGAUACAUACCCUCAAAGAAGGAUGUCGUACACUCUGGAAUGACACCAACAUCAUAAUUUUGGGUACUGCUCAAACCUUCUUUGAAUGCUCAAUGUAUGUGUUUGUCUUACUUUAUACACCUGCUGUUGAAAAUGCCGUUGGAGCAAGAGAGCUUCCUCUAGGAAUGCUUUUUUCGACGUUAAUGUUUGCUGUCAUGAUGGGUUCUCUCACUUUCCGGGUCAUUGAACGCCAGGUCAAGAUUAUUGCCUUUUUGGAUUAUAGCCACAUACUGGCCCUUGCUCUUGGCUUAGCAAGCUUUUCAUUCGGUGUCAUGAGCUACUUUGAACCAACUUCGAUUGUAUUGUUGGUAUCUUCUUACCACAUCUUUGAAUUCACAACUGGUCUCUAUUAUCCCGCAAUCUCUUCCCUCAAGGCUGAUGUGAUCCCUGAAGAGACAAGAGCAGGUGUAAUGACACUACUUCGAAUUCCAAUGAAUCUUGGCGUUGGAUUCUUAAUGUGGCAUGUCGAGGAUCUAUCUACAGCAACAAUGUUUGCUAUAUGUGGAUUGAUGACAUUGGCAGGUUGUGUCUUGGUAACUCUCACAUAUCGUUCCAAAAUCACACCCGUUAUUCCUUCUCCCUAG